UGUGAACAUUUUAUACCAUCAAAUCAAAAACCAAAUUUAAAUAAAAUUAAACAAAGUGAAGUUUAUCAGAACAUGGAUAAAAUAAUCUGUAAUACAAAUAUUAAUAAACAGGCAGAAGUCGUUAAGACAAGUUCUAAAGAAUAUUUAGAAGAUAGUAAAAGCAAUAAUGAAUUAUUGAGAGUUUCCAGUAAUUCUAAUUGUUGGUGGUCUCAUGAUAUCGAAGAAGGGAAACCUGAUUCAAGGCAGAGAUGGAGUUUUGGUUCAGAUAUUUCUAUCGAAGCAGCAGAAAGUAUUCAAAAUCGCUUAUGUUGUUCUCCAGUUGAUGAGUUUGACUCUAUUGUUAAUAUUGAAAUCGAAGAGUUAAUAGUAAAUGGAACGGAUGAAAGAGAUGAGUCUUAUAAAAAUUAUAUUCAAGUAUCUCCUGACGGUUCACCAACCUUUAAAAAGGUUGUUUCAAACGACGACAAUAAAAAGCAAAGUAAAAAUCAGGAUGUUGAUACAGCGGAUGAUGAACUGAUAGAUUACUCUAAAAGAUAUACUACUGACAGUUCUAUGUCAAUGGUUGAAAAUAAACAUAUAAAUUCAUCUAAUAUUCAACAUAGACAGCAAAGAAAUAUAGUUCUGAAUAAUGCAACCAGAUUUGUGCCUGAAAAGAAAUCAACAGCAGUCAAUAAAGUAGAUCCUUAUGGAGAUUAUCCAGAAACAGAUUUAGAUCAACCAACUAAUUAUAGUUUACGUUAUGCAGAAGAAGAUUCCGAUGAAGAAGAGAAACAAAAUCCACAAUUUUAUUGUACUGGUGAUCAAGAAGAUACGAUUAAAACAUAUUAUACCGAGGGAACGCCGUAUCAAACUCCUUGUAAUUUUUCCAAUGCUACUUCUAUAUCAGAUCUUUUAUCGCUUGAAGAUAUUAGAGAAGGAGAUGAGGUAAUAUAUAAGAAACAGUUUUUAAAAGAUGGACAAAGACAGGAAAUAGUUGAAAAAACUGAGAAAGCUGUUAAAGAUUGUAGAAAUCGAAUAAAAAAGAAACAUAUUUCUAGAGAUUCAAAAAUUUCAAUUUUAAAUGAAACAAGGAUGGUAAACGAUCAGAAGAUUUGCGAAGGAAAUUUAAAGAAACUACACACACCUCCACAAUCACCAGCUGAACCAUGCGAUAAAGAAAAGGAAAAUAAAGCUGUGACCUUUAAUGUAGAAGAAAAUUAUGCACAAGAAACUCCAUUAAUGUUUUCUCGUAGUAGCUCUUUAGAUUCUCUUAGUGAAUUUGAGCAGCAUUCCAUUCACGAUGAUCACAGUUCUAUAAUUAGCGAUCAUAGUCAUAGAACUAGUGGAGUAGUUUCUCCUAGUGAGUUACCCGAUUCACCAACUCAAAUUACAUCAUCAAAUGCUGUAUUAAAACAUAUAAAUUUUCAUAGUCAACAGCAGCAAUCGCAUAGAAUCUCAUUAAGAUCAACCUUGAAAAAAUCACACGUUCAGCGUAACGAUAGUACUAAAGCAAUACAGAUGGUUGAGAGCCUGUCUCAAAACUGUGAAGCACCAUAUGAAAAAUCAAUUCAAUUAAUAGACUGUGGCAGUGUCUUUGAAGAUGGAUUAGUAACUUUCAAGGAGGAGUCAAUGCCUAGCAAGAUGCAUUCGACGACAGCAAGCAGCUUGAGUUCGUUAACUAUAGAUGACGACGAGGAUAAUGGUGUUACCAAUUGCAACAAUCAUCAGAUCAUGAAUAAAAUAGCGGCUAUAAAAGUUAGGACGAGUGCAGCUGGUAUGCACCAAGCUCCUGUGCAAAAGCAAUAUUGUAAGGACAGGUUUAGUAAAGCAGACAAGUUGCCUUGCCAGCCUCAACCCAAUGAGCUUUUAAAAAAGCAUUCGGGUUACCGAAGUAAUUGUUUACUAACGUCUUCUACGAAGGAAAAUGUUCGCUACAUUAAUAUUCAAGAAGAUGACAAUGAAUAUACGACCUUUGUAAAUAAAGAUGAACAGAACAACAUCUACAGAGACUCUCUAAAGUAUCCCUGGUAUGAGAAUGAGUUAAAAAAUAACGAUCGAAAUCAUUUGCAUAGCUCUCUCUCCGGUCCUGUUGCCUUAAACGGCGACAACAAGGUCGAUUCUUUACAAAGGCUGAACGCCGAAGAUCUCACGAAUACAGACACGAUAAGAGUCUACUGUACGGAAAAUACGCCGACGUUCGUCUCCCCCUUCGGUUCCCAGUCAAAUUUGUCUGCGCUGUCGAUGCUAAGUGUCUCGGAUGAAAAUCUUGGCUACAGCGCCAACUUUGAGGAGGAUGAGCAGCAGCGAUCAUUUUACGACGACGAGAGACCGGACGGCCGAUUAGAUCCUUACGGUACAGAUGCCAGCUCGGACUUCUCCGAGGACAACGAUAAGUGCUAUGACGACGAGGGCGCAACUGGCAAUACGAGCAGGAGAAUUGACGUGUCGCCCUUCGACUCACAAAUGAACCUCGCAAACUUCUCUCUACUGUGCAUUCAAGAAGAGAAUGAAGAGGAGGAGGAGGAGGAGGAGCAGGUAAACAACGAGACUGAAAAAUCUACUAAAAUUGACCAUUAUGCCGAGGAUGAUAGUGCGUACAAACGUUUGUUGCCUGAGAAUUCGGAUUAUUCUGACGAGGAAUCGAAAGUUCUCGAGGAAUGUAUUAAAUCGGGAGUGUCGAAGCUCACUCGUCGAAUAAACACUUCGGAUAAUGAUAAGCGUCGUUUAUUUUAGCAGCAACAUUGUUACCACCGUAUUUAAAACAAAAAACAAAAACAAAAAAAUUAGUCUAAGUAUUAUACUCUUAUUGUAUAAAGAA